CGUCAACUCCGCAACCAACAUCCGGCACGCGCUGGUGGAAAUGCUGCUGGGGCACAAGCGACCUGCAUCGCUGCAGACUGGCGGCGGCGGCGGCGGCGGCGGCGGCAGCGGCGGCGGCGGCAGCGGCGGCGGCGGCAGCGGCAGCGGCGGCGGCGCGUGCGCGCAUCUUGGUAGCGGAGGGGGCGGGAAAGGCCACGUGGAGGAGGAGAGCGCAGCGCCGCCCAAGAAGCGGCGCAAGCGCGCAGGCUGAGGAGCCGGCUGGCGGUGUCUAGGUAGCGGUCCGCGGUGGGGCUGGCAGGGCAUGCGUUGCGGCAUGACAAGUAGUGCGGCUGUUGACAACUGUGCUACGUCUGGCUGCGGUUGGCUCUGCUGUGGCAUCGUGAUUGCUAGGCACCCAGUUUGGCUAUGUGCCUGUGGAAACCGACCCCGGCUAUGUCCGGGCGAUGAGGUUGUUCGGCCUCAGACUGUGGAGGGGCUCAGCCCCUUUUCCCGUGACCGGGGAACACUUGUUCACAUUGCACCAGGUAAAUUUGGCUGAUUACAUUGAUCUUUUGCGGGUCGAGGAUGGCAGUUUAUUUCACCCCCGAGUAAAGGGGGGCACCUGUUUUUGGCACCGUGCCUGGCUUUAGCCUGGAGGGGUGAGCGAAUGAGCGGUGGGCCGCAUGGCCGGCACGUUUCUCGCUGGCUUUCUCGGCUUCGUCUUAUAAGCAUUCACAGUAACGUUGUACGGUAUUGUGCUGGUGAGUAGCAGCGCGGCGUUUCAGAACGCGACAUUGGCACCAUCCUUGCCAGGCAGUAGUAGUGAUGUACUUUGCUCGCAGGACUGUAGCCGUACGUGCAGCAGAGCAGGGCAGAUGGACUAGCAUUGGUGAUGUUGACCGGCUCGUGCAGUGAGCGCGCACUCAUGCAUGUGUGUUCAAUAUGUGAAUUAUGAAGCGCGCAUGUAGCAAGGGGCCGAAUUAAAAGGCAGGCGUGGGCCUGGCACAAGUGCCACGCACGGGCGACGAAAUGUUUGUUAUGCGGUUCACGUCUGCAUGACGAAGCAGCAUUGAGCCGGCCGGUUAUCGAGCAAGCCGGCAGUUUGGCACCGGUAGGAGAAGUCUGUUGUCCGUUUGCCAGACGGCGGGCAGCCGUGUCGCCCUGGCUGGUUGUGUGCUGUUUAGCUGAAGGGAUUUGAGUAGUGAUGGGGCUCUGCAUGCCCCUGUGUACGUAGGUUUAUUAGAGGUCAUUGGCGCCUGCCGCCUUCACGGAUGUAUGGUGUGCCGGAGGUCACACCGCUGUCUCCUUUCAGUAUUCAUAACAUUAUUGCAUUUUACAACUGCGACGUACGGUCAGCAUCUGUGAGGAAUUGCGUGACGUGGCAAAGAGCGUGUGGUGCGUGUUUACAGAAAUCCAGGAUUGCGGAGUGCAGGCGAGAGGGUGACUACCGCACGUGUCGCUGGUACGGGUGGUAAGGGGCAGUGUAGGUGAUAUGCCCCGGCACACGUAUGAAGCAGUAGUAUCCUGAGGUACAGAUAGGCCCAAUAAUCGCAUGGCCAGUCCGUUGCGCAGCCGCUAGAAGGAUCUGGCAAGCUGCUGUGAGGAUUUACUCAAUAGAGAGGUGUACUUUUAUAAUACCGGUAUGCUGCGUGGCGCCACCUGAAAGUGCAGGAGUUG